GGUGCUGCCUCUGCAAGCCGGGGUUAUGUUGAAGCUGUGUGGCUGGCUGUACUGGUGUUCAGGUAAAUAGGUGUGUACUGAGACCCAAGUUCAUUCGUCUGACUGUCCUUUUCCAGAAUCGGAUGUGCCGGCGGAGCUGCGAGUUGCAAACGGGUCGCAAAAAUUUGUGAAGUUCACUUCGACAAUCCAGAACCAGCUGCUGCUUGUGUCACUGCUGGAGCAUCUCUGCCACAUGUACACACACAACCCCGUUCACUCCAGGGGUUUGUUCCGAAUUCUUCGUCAGACUUUCACAAGAACAGGAUUACUCUCCCCUUUUGUCUUUUGUGAUGAAUUUAGUACUGUAAGACUGCAACACAACAGAGCCAUUACUGAACUGAUGAAAGCAGCUAAUCAACAAGUACUUAACGGGGAGCUUGAUAAUGGAGAGACUCUUGCAAUUGGGGAAAAAGAAGUUCUCUUUGAGGCACAGACUUCACGAUACUUGAAUGAAUUUGAAGAGGUUGCAAGGCUAGGAAGAGGAGGAUAUGGCAAAGUAUACAAGGUCAGAAACAAAUUAGAUGGUCAGUUCUAUGCUAUUAAAAAAAUUGAAAUUAAGAAGGCUACAAGAAGAGAUUGCAUGAAGGUUCUCCGAGAAGUCAAAGUGCUGGCUGGGCUGCAGCAUCCCAAUAUUGUAGGCUAUCACACUGCUUGGAUGGAACAAGUUCAAACAGUACAUCCAAAAGGUAAAGCAAUAAUGGAGUUGCAGCCAUUAUUUUUGGAGCAUGAGAAUAGCAAUGAUCGCUGUCACAUCCAGAGUGUAGAAAGUGGUAGUUCAAUUAUCUUUGCUGACCUUACCUCACAAGAAAAGAAGCCCUGUGACAGUACCAGUCUUGAAAAUGUGCACAGAGAAUCUGUGCAGAAUAUGGAUGUAAGGAAUGACUUUACAAACAGCAGUAGCAAAGAGUGUGUGAAACCAAAUAAAUGUGAAUUAUCCAUAGAACUGCAAGAAGACUGUGUGUUAACACAUAUUGUUAAUGUUAACACCUUAUCAACUGAUGUGGACAAUCAUUCAACACAGGGAACUCAUUCCAGUCUGGAUCAAGAUGCUAGCACUGAAAGUGAAUCCUGCUCUGAGAGCAAGUCCUGCUCUGAAGGAUGCUCCAAAAAUGAGGUAGCACUCUGUGGAGAGUUUGAGGUGGAGUAUCAUCUGAUGCUUCAUAUACAAAUGCAGUUGUGUGAAAUAUCCUUGUGGGAUUGGAUUGCUGACCGUAAUAAAAGAUGCAACAAGAAAUCAGAGGACCCCUCUAGUCCAUACCAUCUCGUGGAUGUUUGCUGGACAAUGAAGAUUUUUCGGGAGAUAGUAGAAGGGGUUUGCUAUAUCCAUAGCAUGGGAGUGAUGCAUCGAGACAUUAAACCUAGAAAUAUCUUUCUACAUGGAUCAGAUCAUCAGGUAAAAAUAGGUGACUUUGGAUUAGCCUGCCAAGGACUGACACAUACUUCAGGAGUGGGGACCUGCCUCUAUGCCUCACCAGAACAACUGCAGGGAUCUCACUAUGAUUUCAAGUCAGACAUGUACAGCAUGGGUGUUAUCCUGCUAGAACUCUUCCAGCCAUUUGGAACAGAAAUGGAAAGAACAGAAGUUCUUACACAUUUAAGGACUGGCCAAAUUCCUCACACUUUCAACAAGAAAUGGCCUACUCAGGCCAAGUAUGUGAAACUUCUCACCAGUCCCAGAGCUACAGAACGCCCAACAGCAGCUCAGCUUCGGGACAGUGAACUCUUCCACAACACGGACCAGGUUAUUUCUAACCUCCAACAGAAGGUGAGACAGCAAGAAGAAGAAAUAGAGAAGCUGAGGGAGACAAUAAGACUGCUUUCUGAAGAGCAGGAUGAACAAACAAGACUAGGCUCUCCUGUUUGAGUACAGGAAGAACUAAUCUCAAUUGUGUGUUAAGUUAUAUAAAAAGUUUCUUUUUUUUUUUACAUAAAGUAUUUCAAUGCAUUUUUGUUUGGCUGUCUGUUCUUAAAAAGUAUUUUUUUUGCCUUGACCAAAGGCUCCUGAGAAAGGGAUCAUGUUGCACUGGAAAAAUUAAGAGCACAACUUAUAUUUACAUAGGAUUAAUUUACAUACCUUAGCCAGUGAACAAAUCUGUUAUGCAAGAGUAACAAAAAAAGGAAGGUCACACCCAAAAGGCAGCUGUAAUGCUUUUAUUAUUUUAGGAUUAUGUCCAACUUUCGUAUCUAAAAUACAUCUCAAAAAGGACUCAAACAUUACAGC